AUGUGGUUGUCCGUGGCCCUCUGUGACGGGGGCCGAGUGACGCCCGUGAAGGCGAAGAUGAGGCUCGCCCGGCGUCGGCCUCUGCAGCUUGGCCGGCGUUGGCCAUCGUUACGGUGGAUGAUGGAACUGGUGACGGGACCCACGAGCUUCAGGUCUCCGGUUCCUUCCGAGGCCUCGAGUGCGAUGCUUAUUCGGGAACUCAGAACAGGAGUAGGGGUUCAGGCCAUGAGCCCCCCUCAGUGGCCUUGGGAGAGGAGGUGCCUGCUCCCCACGGAGCCUCAGCUUCCACCUGUAGAGGGGGAGGACUGUACCCGCCUUGGGGCUGAGCGCCAGCCCUGCCCGUGGGCGAGGGUCCCACUGGGUGUGCCCGAGUGGACCCAGGCCCAUCCUGAGCCAGGGGGCGGGCGGGCGCCCGUGUCCGCUCCUCCCGGUGGGGAGAGACCGGAGGUGGGCCCGGCGGUGGCCUGGCGGCCGCCUGACAGCCCCCUUCUCUCUGCAGGCGAGGCCUUCCUGGGCGGCUUUGUGGCCAGCGGGGUGGGGCCCUCGGCCUCAUCCCAUGGGAGCCCGGUGCCCCUGCCCUCUGACCUCUCCUUCCGCUCCCCCACCCCCAGCAGCCUGCCCAUGGUGCAGCUGUGGGCCGCCCAUGCCCACGAAGGCUUCUCCCACCUGCCCAGCGGGCUGUACCCAUCCUACCUCCACCUGAACCACCUGGAGCCCCCCAGCAGCGGGAGCCCCCUCCUCAGCCAGCUGGGUCAGCCCAGCAUUUUCGAUUCACAGAAAGGUCAGGAGGCAGUGGGGAAUGGGGGCUGUGCCGUGGAUGGCCUCCUCACGGGGCACGGUCGGGCCGAUGAGGACUGCGGGGACGAGCGGGCCCGGCACCGGGAGGAGCGGCUGCUGGGGGCGCGGCUGGACCGGGACCAGGAGAAGCUGCUGAGGGAGAGCAAGGAGCUGGCCGACCUGGCCCGGCUGCACCCCACUGGCUGUGCUGCUAACGGCCUGAACCCCAACCUCAUGGUGACCGGGGGCCCAGCGCUGGCAGGCUCAGGUCGCUGGUCCGCCGACCCCGCGGCCCACCUGGCCACGCACCCCUGGCUGCCCCGUUCAGGCGGCACGUCCAUGUGGUUGGCUGGACACCCGUAUGGCUUGGCUCCCCCAUCUCUGCACCAGGGCAUGGCGCCCGCCUUCCCGCCUGGCCUGGGGGGCUCCCUGCCAUCAGCCUACCAGUUCGUCAGGGAUCCCCAGUCAGGCCAGCUGGUGGUCAUUCCCAGCGACCACCUGCCUCACUUCGCGGAGCUGAUGGAGCGGGCUGCAGUGCCGCCCCUCUGGCCCGCCCUGUACCCUCCGGGCCGCAGCUCCCUGCACCACGCCCAGCAGCUGCAGCUCUUCUCCCAGCAGCACUUUCUGCGGCAGCAGGAGUUCCUGUACCUGCAGCAGCAGGCUGCCCAGGCUCUGGAGCUGCAGAGGAGUGCCCAGCUGGUGGUGAAGAUGGCAGAGGGCUUCUCCGCCCGCCUGGGGACAGGAGACUCGCAGGAGGAGGCGCCCGAGAACGUGGUGGAGAAAAAGGACCUGGAGAAGGACGCCUCCAGCCCCUUCCAGGCCUUGUUCUCAGAUAUCCCGCCCCGGUACCCGUUUCCAGCCCUGCCGCCGGCGGCGGCCGCAGAGCUGCCCCAGGCCCGGCCUCUGCCCUCGCCGGGCGCCGGGGCCCAGGCCCUGGAGCAGCUGGAGGCGGCGCAGAGCCUGGUGCUGGAGCAGAGCUUCCUGCACGGCAUCACCCUGCUCAGCGAGAUCGCGGAGCUGGAGCUGGAGAAGCGGAGCCAGGACGGGGCCGUGCUGGUGGCCAGCAGCCACAUGCUCAAGGAGGUGCUGGGCGGCCCCUUCGUGGACCCGCUCAAGAGCCUGCGGCUCCCGCGGGAGCUGAACCCCAACAAGAAGUACAGCUGGAUGCAGAAGAAGGAGGAGCAGAUGUUCGCCAUGAAGUCCUCCCUGGAGCACAUGGACGCCAUGGAGCUGGACUUCCGCAUGCGGCUGGCCGAGGUGCAGCGGCAGUACAAGGAGAAGCAGCGCGAGCUGGUGAAGCUGCAGCGGCGCCGCGAGUCCGAGCUGAGCAGCAAGCCCCUGCUGACAUCGGAUGCCUACGAGCUGGGAGCCGGCAUGAGGAAGAGACACAAGGGGCCUGAGGAGGAACACGACGCCCUCGUGGGAACGGGGAAAGCGAUGGGGAGGAGCCAGCCUUGGGACGAGCACGAAGCCCCGUCGGACUUCAUGACUCAGCUGAAGAUCAAGAAGAAGAAGAUGGCCAGUGACCAGGAGCAGCUGGCAAGCAAGCUGGACAAGGCCCUCUCCCUCACCAAGCAGGACAAGCUGAAGUCCCCCUUCAAGUUCUCGGACAGCUGUGGGGGGAAGCCCAAGCCGGGCGCGGGCUGCGGCCGGUACUUGACGCCGUAUGACAGCCUGCUGGGCAAGGACAGGAGGGCGCUGGCCAAAGGCCUCGGCCUGUCUCUCAAAGCCGCCAGAGAAGGUAAACACAAACGGGCCGCCAAAGCCAGGAAGAUGGAGGUGGGCUUCAAGGCCCGCGGCCAGCCCAAGUCGGCCCCCUCCCCGUUCGCCUCGGAAGCGAGCAGCUGCUCCUACAAUACGGACUCGGAGGAGGAGGAGGAGUUCCUGAAGGAUGAGUGGUCCGCCCAAGGCCCCUCCGGCUCCAAGCUGACAUCGUCCCUCCUGUGUGGCAUGGUGGCCAAGAGCAGCAAGCCGCCCGGGGGCCCCAAGCUGCCCAAGAGGGGCCUGGCGGCCGCCCGGACUCUGAAGCCCAAGCUGGCGGGCAGGAAGCAGCCGUUCUGUUUGCUGCUGCAGGAGGUCGAGGCCCGCUCCUCCUUCAGCGAUUCUUCGGAGGACUCGUUUGACCAAGAUGAGAGCUCCGAGGACGAGGGCGAGGACAAGCUGGAGGACGAGGAGGACGAGGCUGGAGGCUACAGGCUGGGCGCCCGGGACCGAGCCCUGUCGCCAGGCCUGGAGGAGAGCGGGCUGGGCCUGUUGGCCCGCUUCGCAGCCAGCGCCCUGCCCAGCCCCACGGUGGGGCCGUCCCUGUCGGUGGUGCAGCUGGAGGCCAAGCAGAAGGCGCGGAAGAAGGAGGAGCGGCAGAGCCUGAUGGGUAAGUUGGGGCAGGGCUGCCGGAGAGGCUCGGCCGACCCGCGGCGUUCCACCACCCGGACGGACGCAGUUUGUCCUGCACCCCCCGGGGGACAUCUCGUGGCCAAGCUGUGGCCGCUACGAAUAAAGCUGCUGCAAACAUCGUGUGCGGGUUUGUGGGGGGACCAGCUUCCAGCUCCUCUGGGCAAACACCUGGGCCGGACGGUGAGAGACCGUCUCGUUUGCGAGGAGCCGUCAAGCCGUGUCCCCGAGUGGCUGCUGCGCACCGACUCCCCGGCGCUGGGGCCCACACGGCAUCCAUGGCCGUCACACUGUUGCCUGACUGACCCCGAGUUUGCAGGGGGUGUCCCCGGCCGGGCAGGCCGUGCGUGCCGCCCUAAGCCUUUGUCCUGCAUGCUCCAUCCCCAGAACCGGGGCAAGGGGGGCGCCGUGAGCAAGCUGAUGGAGAGCAUGGCGGCCGAGGAGGACUUUGAGCCCAACCAGGACUCGAGCUUCUCCGAGGACGAGCACCUGCCGCGUGGCGGGGCCGUGGAGCGGCCGCUGACUCCGGCCCCGCGCUCCUGCAUCAUCGACAAGGAUGAGCUGAAAGACGGCCUGCGCGUGCUCAUCCCCAUGGACGACAAGCUGCUGUACGCCGGGCACGUGCAGACCGUGCACUCGCCAGACAUAUACCGAGUGGUGGUGGAGGGGGAACGCGGGAACCGGCCCCACAUCUACUGCCUGGAACAGCUGCUGCAGGAGGCGAUCAUCGACGUGCGGCCGGCCUCCACACGCUUCUUGCCGCAGGGGACCAGGAUCGCGGCGUACUGGAGCCAGCAGUACCGCUGCCUCUACCCGGGCACUGUGGUCCGAGGCUUGCUGGGCCUCGAAGACGACGGGGACCUCAUCACUGUGGAGUUCGAUGAUGGAGACACGGGGAGGAUCCCCCUUUCACACAUCCGCCUCCUGCCUCCCGACUACAAGAUCCAGUGCGCCGAGCCGUCCCCGGCCCUGCUGGUGCCCAGCGCUAAGCGCCGCAGCCGGAAGACCAGCAAAGACACCGGGGAUGGCAAAGACGGGGGUGCGCCGGGGUCCGAGGAGCCAGGUACCAAGGCGCGAGGGCGCGGAAGGAAACCCAGCACCAAAGCCAAGGGUGACAGAGCUGCUGCCCUGGAGGAGGGGGGCCCAGCGGAGGAGGUUCCCAGUGCCCCGCUGGCCCUGGAGCCAGUCAGCACCCCAAGUUCCAAGAAGAGCCCCCCAGAGCCUGUGGACAAGCGGACCAAAGCCCCCAAGGCUCGCCCAGCAGCCCCCCAGCCCAGCCCUGUGCCAUCCACUUUCACUAACUGCCCAAAAAGUCAAGGGGGAGGGCUUCGGGUACGGCUGGAUCCAGGCACCUGA